CUUCUUCACUGGACAGAUUCCAUGAAGCAGCCUGUUACGCCCGGACGAGACGCAAUAAAGCGACAAGUGCCAGUAGUGUCGAACAAUCGGUGUUGGCGUUCAUGCAAAAUCACCUGUCUCAUUGCUGAACGCGAUCAUCUGCCGGCAACAUUUACGCAUCAGACCUCGUAGUGAGCGCCCCAGAACUAUUGUCCCCCACAGUGAAGAGUCUUGCGGACUUCUGUCGCUCGCCGCUCGAUGGAGCCUCUCGACCCCACGCUGCUCAAUAUCAUUGAUCAGAAGACUCUGAAAUGGAUUUUUGUUGGAGGGAAGGGUGGAGUCGGCAAAACCACUUGCAGUUGCUCCUUGGCGGUCCAGCUGUCACGAUCGCGGAAUAGUGUCCUCAUCAUAUCGACGGACCCGGCACAUAACAUCUCCGAUGCGUUCAAUCAGAAGUUCAGCAAAGUUCCCACAUUGGUCAAUGGCUUCACGAAUCUCUCAGCGAUGGAGAUAGAUCCGAACCUGGGGAUCUCGGAGCUCCCAGACGAAUACUUCAACGAGGGAGACCCUUUUCGAAUGAGCCGUGGUCUGGUACAGGAGUUCAUGCAAGCAUUUCCCGGGGUCGAUGAAGCCAUGAGCUACGCUGAAGUGAUGAAGCUUGUCAAAGGAAUGAACUUCGACGUGGUCGUCUUCGACACAGCGCCAACCGGACACACCCUGAGACUUCUGUCCUUCCCGAAAGUGAUGGAGAAAGGCUUGGAUAAAUUGCUGAAGCUGAAAAAUCAGUUUAGUCCGUUCGUGAAUCAAUUAUCGAUGCUGCUCGGUGGCGCCGAUCUGAAUAUAGAUUCAAUGUCGCAGAAAUUGGAGGAGCUCCUACCCGUUAUUCGUCAGGUGAAUGAGCAAUUCUGUAACCCGGAACAGACUACGUUCGUGUGCGUCUGUAUAGCUGAGUUUUUGUCUCUCUACGAGACCGAGCGCCUCAUUCAAGAGCUGACCAAAUGCGACAUAGACACUCAUAAUAUCAUCGUAAAUCAAUUGCUCUAUAAGAAGCCUGGAGACGAAUGCAAAAUGUGCAACUCGCGCAUGAAGCUUCAAGCGAAAUACUUAGAUCAGAUCAACGAUCUUUACGAAGAUUUUCACGUUGUGAAACUGCCGCUACUGGAGAGAGAGGUCAGAGGUGUUCCACAAGUGAAGGAAUUCUCGAGUCUUUUAAUUACGCCCUACGUGCCUCCGCAAUAGUCUCGUUCCCGGAUCUUCACAUCGAGUUUCGAUUUUGUCGAUGGAUUCAAAUACUUU